AUAUUUAUGGGUAAUAGUCUUAGUUGUUGUCAUUAAGGUUGGUGGUAUGCUUAUUAGGUUAGCCUUGCUCGCUCAUUGUAAACCGACGAGAGUACCUUGUAUGGCAAAAGCUAAGGAAUUGGCACCAUAAGAUAUUUAGACAACGAAGUAAUUUCUUUAAAUAGCAUAAUACGAGAGUCCUUAAAAUUGUCAAAAUACAGUACUGCAGAGCUAACAAUUCUGUGAUACACUUGCAAAAGCUGAAAAAUCUUCCUGGACAACAUGAAGGUGUCUUACGUCAUUAGAGAUGAGGUGGAGAAGUACAAUCGAAAUGGGGUAAAUGCACUGCAACUCGACCCAGCACUCAAUCGUCUCUUCACCGCUGGCAGGGACUCUAUCAUUCGGAUAUGGAGUGUCUACCAGCACAAGCAAGACCCGUACAUUGCCUCCAUGGAGCAUCACACAGACUGGGUCAAUGACAUAGUCCUCUGUUGCAAUGGGAAAACUUUGAUAUCUGCCUCGUCGGAUACAACGGUCAAAGUAUGGAACGCACAUAAAGGCUUCUGCAUGUCAACGUUACGAACACACAAAGACUACGUAAAAGCCUUAGCUUAUGCAAAAGACAAGGAGCUUGUUGCAUCGGCGGGCCUUGACAGGCAAAUCUUUCUUUGGGAUGUGAACACACUAACAGCACUCACUGCAUCCAAUAACACUGUUACCACCUCCUCUCUGAGUGGGAACAAGGACUCCAUCUACAGUCUGGCCAUGAACCAGAUGGGUACAGUCAUUGUAUCAGGAUCCACAGAAAAGGUUUUGAGAGUGUGGGACCCCCGAACAUGUGCAAAGUUGAUGAAGCUAAAAGGUCACACAGACAACGUCAAGUCCUUGCUGUUGAAUCGAGACGGCACUCAGUGUCUGUCAGGCAGUUCCGAUGGAACAAUACGUCUGUGGUCACUCGGCCAGCAAAGGUGUAUCGCCACCUACAGGGUGCACGAUGAAGGGGUGUGGGCCCUACAGGUCAACGAGGCAUUUACACACGUCUAUUCCGGAGGCAGGGACAAAAAGAUCUACUGCACCGACUUGCGCAACCCUGACAUCCGUGUUCUCAUCUGCGAGGAAAAGGCGCCUGUGCUAAAGAUGGAACUGGACAGAUCUGCUGACCCACCAACAGCAAUCUGGGUCUCCACAACCAAGUCAUCUGUCAAUAAAUGGUCACUUAAGGGAAUGCACAACUUUAGGUCAUCAGGGGAAUAUGACAACGACUGCAGUACCCCUCUGACACCACUAUGUACUCAGCCAGAGCAGGUUGUAAUCGGAGGGGCCAGUAUUAUCCAGUGCCAUAUUCUGAAUGACAAAAGACACAUUCUCACCAAAGACACCAACAAUAAUGUGGCAUACUGGGAUGUUCUUAAGGCUUGCAAGGGUGAAGAUCUGGGAAAAGUGGAGUUUGAAGAAGAGAUUAAAAAGCGCUUCAAGAUGGUCUACGUGCCAAACUGGUUCUCGGUGGAUCUAAAAACUGGGAUGCUCACCAUCACGCUGGACGAGAGAUUCGCUGCCUGGGUGUCUGCAAAGGCCGCCGGGUUUUCAAGCGCCGAUGGGUCCGACCCAAAGUUGAAUCUAGGUGGAUUGCUUCUUCAGGCGCUGCUUGAGUUUUGGCCCAGAACGCGCAUCAACCCCAUGGAUGAGGAAGAGAACGAGGUCAACCACGUAAACGGAGAGCAGGAGAGCAGGGUGCAAAAAGGAAACGGAUAUUUCCAGGUGCCGCCCCACACACCUGUCAUUUUUGGAGAGGCAGGAGGCCGGACUCUUUUUAGGUUGCUAUGUAGGGAUUCAGGUGGAGAAACUGAGUCGAUGCUCCUGAAUGAGACAGUCCCACAGUGGGUUAUUGAUAUAACGGUAGACAGGAAUAUGCCGAAGUUCAACAAAAUUCCAUUCUACCUUCAGCCUCAUUCCUCUUCUGGUGCAAAAACUCUAAAGAAGGACCGACUCUCUGCCAGUGAUAUGCUACAAGUGAGGAAAGUGAUGGAGCACGUGUAUGAGAAAAUCAUCAACCUUGACAAUGAGUCACAGACCACCAGCUCCUCCUCAGCCAAUGAGAAGCCUGGGGAGCAGGAGAAGGAGGAGGACAUGGCGGUGCUUGCCGAGGAGAAGAUCGAGCUAAUGUGUCAAGAUCAGGUUCUGGAUCCUAACAUGGACCUGCGAACAGUAAAACACUUUAUC